AUGGCGGAGCAAAAGCCGGAAUCGCGGCGCCUGACCAAGGGCCACGGGUCGAGUUACUCCAUGGGGGAUCUGCGCCACUACCUGUUCGGCGAGAGCGACGGGAGCGGGGGCGGCGCCAUGACCCACAAGCAGCGCGGGCGCAUGCGCAGCAGCGCCAUCCUGCGGGACUUCGUCCACAUCGGCUCCGUCCACGUCAUCUACAGCACGGUCAACGCGACGGCGACGAUCGCGAGCGUCGUGGGCUACAUCCAGGGCACGUACCACGAGCAGCGCAACACGUCCCCCCCGGAGUGGGAGCAGCGGCUCCAGUCGGGCCUGCUCGUGUGGUUCUUCUUCAUCUUCUUCUUCGAGCUCUUCAUCGCCUACGACCGCCACGAGCACAUGUCGAAGCUCGUGACGAUCUGCGACUUCCUGAGCGUGCUGCCGAUCAUGAGCCUGGUCGUGGAGUGGUCCGGCGCCAAGGGCGACAACUCGGAGAAGCUGCUCAAGUUCCUGGCCAUCUUCCGCGCGUUCCGCGUGCUCCGGUUCCUGCGGCUCCACCGCCUGCUGAGUUUCUACUCGCCGGGCGUCAUGCGGCAGGUCUUGGCGCUGCUCCUCAUCAUCUUCUGCGCGCUCUUCGUGCUCACGGGCUGCGUCUACCAGCUCGAGGGCAUCUCGGACAUCAACGGCGUGUCCCAGUUCACGGAGGACCCGCUGUCGUUCCUCGAGGCGUUCUAUUUCGUCAUCAUCACGUUCACGACGGUGGGCUACGGCGACAUCUACCCGCAGCAGAUCAUCUCCCGGCUCAUCGUCGCCGUCGCCGUGCCCAUCGCCGUCGUCGCCGUGCCGACCAUCGGGUCGCAGAUCUACGACCUCGUGGCCGCGCAGUCGCCGUACGCGACCGCGGGCCGGAUCCACACGCACGGCGACUGGCACCACAUCGUCGUCGUCGGCGAGCUCGGCGCCAACGACGAGAAGCUCGGCCGCCAGCUGCCCGUGCUCCUCGAGCAGCUCUACCACCCGGAGCGGGGGUCCGUCGACAUCGAGCUCCAGGUCGUGCUCAGGGCAGCACAAGAGAGCGAAAUUCCCAACUUCAAAGGCUCAUAUCUCGGCCGUUUUCCACUCGUCGUGCUGCUGCAGCACCACGACCCGCCGGCGACGGUCCGCGAGCGCGUGCUCCAGCACCCCUACUACAGCGAGCGCGUCAAGUGGGUCAGCGGGAGCGUCUUCGAGGAGGCCCACCUGCGCCAGUGGGUCGCCGGCGCGCGCGCCGUCUGCUUCAUCAACCUGGCGAACUCGGAGAUCUCCGUGCCCGCGGAGAUGCAGGCCGAGGACAACGCGGCGGUGCAGCGCGCGCUCGUCAUCCGCCGCACGUUCCCCAAGGUGCGCCUCAUCACGCAGCUCCUCCUGGAGCGGAACCUGCACCGGCUCCACGGCGAGCGCUGCGAGCUCGUCUGCGUGGAGCAGCUCAAGUACGCGAUGCUCGGCCGGUCCGUGCGCGUGCCCGCGCUCCACACGCUGCUGAGCGGGCUGCUCGUCGCGGGCAGCGGCAAGGGCGGCAAGGACGGCUCCAACGGCUUCGACACCAUCUCGCGGAGCUUCACGGAGGAGCUCACCAAGGCCCUGGACGUGGACUACGUGCCCGAGCGGCUCAUGCCGAAAUUCUCCGACGUGUACGAGGCGCCGCGGAAGUGGCUCAGGAAGCUCUGCGCGUCCGAGGAGGAGCGGGCGCGCAUGGCGAGCCGGUCGACGCGCUACAUCAAGGGCCGCGACGGCACCUGGGCGCCCCUGUCCGUGGAGGAGGAGCUCGCGAUCGGCCAGCACGCGACGGUGCACGAGGUCGCGGAGAUCCCCCGGGAGGCCAUCGGCAUGCGCUUCGACGAGCUGAGCCGCCUCGCCUAUCUGCAUUUCGGCGUGCUGCCCGUGGCCGUGUCGACGUCCUGCGGCGUCGCGGGCGGCGGCGCGGCCGCGUCGCCGACGUCGAAGGCGCGGACGUCCGCGCCGUGGCUCAUCCAGCUCGACGACAGCGGCGCGGAGUGCAACAAGACGCGCGGCAGCGCCCACGUCGUCAACUUCCCCUACGACUACCAGCUCCGCCACAAGGACACGCUGCUGGUGGUCGCGCGCGACACGCAGGCCGUGAACGACUUCGAGACGUGGAACGACUUCCAGAGCCGCGCGGACGCGCUCGACGAGGUCUGGGACAGCCAGCUCUUCCCCUGCGCCAAGGCGAGCCGGAGCAAGGCCGAGACGGACGCCGCCGAGGCGGAGCUGACGGUCGCGCACGAGAUGGCCUCGAAGGACUACGAGUCCGCGCUCCGGAGCCUCGGGUCCAAGGUGCAGCCGAAGGUCGAGUCGAGCCACCGCAACCUCCAGCUGCUGGUGCCCGCGUGCAGCGCGCGCGAGCUGCCGCGCGCCGGCGGCGCGGGCGAGGCCAAGGUCCGGGACGACGAGGCGCGCGACCGGCCGUCGGACCUCACGCGGAGCCCCGGGAGCGAGGGCGGCUCCGACGGCGGCGGCGCCCCCUUCGCCUUGGGCGAGGGCACGGCCCAGGCCGCCAUGGCCGAGGCCUGCAACCUGGAGACGUGGACCGAGGCCGCGCGCGUCGCGUACCUCGACGCGUGGUUCGGCGUCCACGUCGUCGACGAGGCGCCGCCGGACCUGAGCGGCCACGUCGUCUUCUGCGGGCCCGUCCACUCGUUGAUGUGCUUCCUCCAGCCCCUCAUGUUCGCGAACAUCGAGUGGAACAACGGCACGGACGCGCCGCCGCGCGAGCUGCCCAAGGUCGUCGUCCUCGACCCGCAGCUCCGCUACCUCUGCGCGAACGGCGACUCCGUGGAGAGCGACGGCGCGCGGAGCCGCUUCGAGGCCAUCACCUUCUACGAGCCGGACGCCGACGGCCCGCCGACGCGGCUCUGGAUCGUCGCGGGCGACCCGCGCGAGGGCCGCGCGCACAGCGGCCACCUCGCGCCGCUCGAGCGGUGCCGCGUCGAGGCGGCCCAGUCCUUCGUGUUGCCGAACAACAACUUCGCCGACGUGGCGAACAACCUGAACGGCGACGACUUCGCCGUGCGCGCGGUGCGCAACGUCCAGGAGAUCAUCGCGCGCGUCCGCGGCGUCCCGCUCGACGCGCCGUGGAGGUACGUGCCCGACUUCCGGCCGCGCAUGCUCAUCGAGAUGCACGACGCGACGAACGCGCGCUACCUGCGCUACAACGCGCCGUCGAUGCAGUUCAAGACGGGCGGCGAGAUCGUCGAGCCGACGUUCCUCGACAGCGCGGUCGUCAACGUCUACCACAGCAGCGCCGCGCUGCCCUUCACGCUCCACGCCAUCUGCUCCUGGCGCGACGACGGCCUGCUCUACCACGAGCGCCUGCGGGACGGCAUCGUCCGCGAGUCCUGCCACAUCUCGCUCGUCGACAUCCCGCCGGCGUUCGUCGACGAGCGCUACCUCAAGUUCUUCGACUACUGCAACGCGCACGCGGCGCUGCCCAUCGGCCUCCUGCGCGUGCCCCACGGCGCGACGGACCGGAGCCUGCCCUACGUCUACACGACGCCGCGCGCCUACGACUUCGUCCACGCGGGCGACAAGGCCUUCGUGCUCGCGACGUCCGUCUGGUUCGGCGAGCACGGCGGCGAGUCCAUCAAGCACGACGAGGAGGAGCUCGAGGCCUGCGUCAAGGUCGCGACGCGCCGCGGCUCCGCCGUCUUCCUCCCGCCGCCGAGCGACGCCAAGGACCCCACGCGCGGCGGCACGCGGCGGUCCUCGGGCCUCGCCGUGGACCUCGACCCGGCCGUCGUCGCGCGCGCGGCCCGCGCCCUCGAGGCCGGCGGGAAGGUCGCGCUGGGCAGCAUGCAGCCCUUCUCGGCGCUGCUCCUGGCCAGCGCGCUGCUGGCGUGCGCCGACGACGUGCCGCGCUACAGCCGCUACUACGGCGACGUCAGCGACAACGAGCCGCCGGCCGUCGCCUUCGCUCUGGAGCGCGUCGAGGUCGUCGAGGCCGGUACGGCGCCGAUCUACGUCGACGUCAGCGAUCCGGACGUCGACGACGACUACGCCGGCGUCCUCGACGUGACGAUCGAGUCGUCGCUGGGCGGCGCGCUCGCCGCCGCGACGGCCGCGGGCCUCGUCUUCUACGAGACGAACUCGACGGCGCUCCGGUUCCGGGGCCCGCAGGCCCUCGUGCGGGCGGCGCUGACGCCGCUCACCUACGCCGCGCCCGCCGUCGCCGGCGUCUCCGCCGAGGACGCCAUCACCGUGACCGUCGACGACCUGGGCUACACGGGCGUCGACGGCACGGCCCGGCGCGCGUCCGCGAGCCUUUCCGUGACGGUCCUGGGCGUCAACGGCGCGCCGGACGUGCGCUUCGGCGCCGACGUCGUCGCCGUCGCGGCGGCGUCCGUGGCGCUCGACGUGUCCGUCGCCGACGACGACGCGGGCGACGGCGCGCUGCGCGCGACGCUCGCCGCGAGCUCCGGGACGCUCGCCUGGGCCGCGGGCGGCGCCGGACCCGCGCUGGCGCUCGAGGCCACGCUCGAAACCAUCAACGGGGCGCUCGCGUCGCUGACCUACGCGCCGGCGCCGGGCUUCCGCGGCGUCGCGACGCUGUCCGUCGCGGUCGACGACCUCGGCAGCUCGGGCGCCGGCGGCGCGAAGCAGACGACGCGCGUGCUCGCGCUCCGCGUGACGCCCGUCAACGCGGCGCCCGCGGUGGCGGCGGCGCCGUCCGUCGCCGUCGUCGCGGGCCGAUGGAGCGGCGCCCUCGGGGCGUCCGUCGCGGACGCGGACGCGCGCGACGUCCUGCGCGUGACGGCGUCGGCCCGGCGAGGCGCCGUGCGCAUCCCCGCGGCCCCGCCCGGCGCCCGCGUCGUCGGCGGCCUGUCCCGCGGCGCCGUCGUCGUCUUCGAGGCCGCGCCGCGCGCCGCGAGCGCCGUCCUCGCGGAGCUCUCGUACGUCGCCCCGGCCGAGCCGGGUCCGGACGCGGUCGCGAUCCACGUCUCCGACGGCGUCGACGAGGCCGAGGCGACGGUGGACGUGGACGUGGUGGCGGGACCCGUCGAGGUCGCGCCGACGCGCCUCGUCGCGUCGACGAACCUGCUGGCGACGGCCGAGGACGCGGCCGCGCCGCUCUCGUUUCUCGAGCUGGAGAGCCCCCGGCCGCACGAGAUCCACGAGGUGUCGGUCUUCCCGCCCUUUGGGGCGCUCAAGCUCACGGUCGACGCGGCCUACCACGUCGAGCGCGCCGACGGCUCCGUCUGGAUCCGCGGCAACGCGUCGCGCGCGUCGCAGGCGCUCCGGGGCCUCGUCUUCAACCCGGACCCGGACGCGCACGGCGUCGGCUACCUCGCCGCGGACCUCGACGGCGUGCCCGUCGACCUCCGGGUCGCCGUCGACGUGCGGAGCGUCGUCGACGACCUCGUCCUGGCCGGGCCGCCGUCGCUCGAGGCCGUCGCGGGGUCGGCCGCGGCGCUCGCGGUGGCGCUCGCGGACCCCGAGGGGCGCGACGUCGCCCUCGACGUCGAAGUCGCGUGCGCGGCGGGGAACGUGUCCGUGGACGCGCCGGCGGGCGUCUACGUCGAGGCGGGCGACGGGGUCGUGACGCUGCGCGGCGGCGCGGCGCGGCUCGGAUCGGCGCUCGGAGCGCUGGCGUAUCGCGCGUCGGCGCCGGGCGCCGACGUCGUGACCGUGCGCGUCACCGACGGCGUGCGCCGCACGUCGCUGAACAUCAGCGUGUCCGUCGCCGAGGGCGCGGACGACGACGGCGACGAAUUCCUGGCCUUCGACGACGGGCCCGCGACGCUCUACGGCGCCGAGGACGCGCCCCUGACCCUCGGCGCGGCCUUCGUGGCCGUCGGCCUCGAGGACGUCGAGGCGCUGACCGUGUCGAUGACGGCGGCGCACGGGACCCUGGCGCUCGGGGACGCGGACGUCGACGUGAUGCUGAUCGCGCCGCCGGGCGGAGCGGCGCUCGUCUUCCGCGUCGCCGCGGCCCACGCGAACGCGGCCCUCGCGGCCGUCGUCUACAGCCCGGCGCCGGACUGGUUCGGCGAGGACGCCCUGGACGCGACGGCGCGCGCCUUCCGCGGCCACGCCGACGGCGGCACCGUCGCCGCGCGGCGCGUCGCCGUCGUCGUCGCCGGCGUCGACGACGCGCCGGCGGUCGCGCUGGGCGCGCUGGACGUGCCCGCGGCGGACGUCAACGUGAGCCUCGGCGCGGCCAUCGUCGUCGGCGAUGUGGACGGCGGCCGGGGGCUGCUGCGCGUCGACGUGGCGUCGCAGCUCGGCUCGCUCGCGCUGAAGCCGACGUCCGCGGCGCUCGUCGGCGCGUCGACGACCUGGGACGGCGUCGCCGUCGGCACGGGACCCAACGAGGUGUCCGUCGUCGGGUCGGCCGCGCGGGUCAACGCGGCGCUCGCGCGCGUCGCCUACGCCUACCUGUCGCCCGCGCGCGUCGACGACGUCCUCGCGAUCGUCGUCGCGGACGCGAAUCCGGGCGCGACGCCCGUCGACCCGCUGGCCCUGGGCCUGCGCACGGCGGCGACGCUCGUCGUGCCCCGGCCGCCCGUCGCCAACGCGCCGCCGACGGCCGCCGCGUCGGAGGCGCGCGUCGACGUCGCCGAGGACGCGGUCGUCGCCGUCCCGCCGGUCGCCGUCGGCGACGCGGAGUCCGAGGCCUUCGAACUGCUGCUCGACGUCGCCGUCACCGUCGACGUCGCCGGCGCGACGCUCGCGCUCGACGACGGUGCCGCGGGCGUCGACGCGGCGCCGGCGGCGUCCGGCCUCGCGUUCUCGGCGCUCGCGGCGGACGCGAACGACGCGCUGGCCGCGAUGACGCUGGCGCUGCCGGCCCACUUCUGCGGCCUCGCGCGCGUGACCGUGGCCGUGACGGACCGGGGCCUCGACGGCGAGGGCGACGGCGCCGAGGCCGCGUCCGCCUUCGUGGAUUUCGUGGUCUCGGCGGCGAACGACGCGCCGGCGGUCGUCGCAAACGAGGCGGCCUUCGAGGCCGUCGCCGGCGACGACGUGGAGCUCACGGGCCUGGUCUUCACCGACGCCGACGCGGGCACGACCUGCGGCGCCGCGACGCUCGAGGCGACGUUCGCGGUCGACGGGCGCGCGACCGUCCGCGCGGACGCGGCGCGCACGCGCGCGCACGCGCGCGCGUCCGCGGACGGCAAGGCCGUCACGGUCCGCGGCGGGCCCGACGCCGUGAGCGCGACGCGCAUCUUCGUGUCGAGCGACGCAGCGGAGACCGUGGCCAUCACCGUCGACGUCGUCGACGGCGCGGGCGCGGGCGCGCCGCGCGCGGCGCUCGCGGCCGCGUUCGCGCGCAAGGGCGCCGCCGGCGAGGCCGUCGAGCCCGGAUUGAUCCUGGAGACGACCGAGGACGCGGCGGUGGCCCUCGCGCCGGCCUUUCUCGUGUCCGGCGCCAAGCCCCUGCGGUUGUCGCUGUCCUGCGGGCUGGGCUCCUUCGCCGUCGCCGCGGGCGCGAAGCUGCCGUCGAGCGCGGCGACUUUCGGCGAUCGCGGCGUCGAGCUCGCCGGCGCGCCCGCGGAGCUCGCGGCGACGCUGGCGAAGCUCGUCUACGUGCCGGCGCGCGACGACUUUGGCGUCGACGAGCUCCUGGCGUCCGUCGACGGCUUCGCGACCGUCGCCGCGCGGUCGGCCGUCCGCGUCGCCGCCGCGAACGACGCGCCCGCCUUCUCCGGCGACGCGUUUCUCGAGGUCACCCUGGGGCGCUCCGCGGCCCUGGGCCUCGCCGUGAACGACGCCGACGGCGCCGACUACCUCGACGUCGUCCUCGAGGUCGACCGAGGGGCGCUGUCCGCGCCGGCCGUCGACGGCUGUGCCGAAGUCGACGGGUGCCUCGUCGCGAGCGCGGGCGCCGCGCUCCGCCUCUCCGGCGCGGCGCCGAGCGUCGCCGCGGCGCUGGCCGGCGCGUCCUACGCGGCGAACACGACGGGCGUCGCGGCGCUGACGGCGACGGCGACGGACGCGGCGGGCGCGGCGGCGACGUUCCGCGCGUCGAUCGCCGUCGCCGCGCCCGUCGACGCGCUGCCGUUCCUGCGGCUUUUGGACCCCGGCGGCGCCGCGCUCCGGUCCGGCGUCGUCCGCGUCGACGAGGACGACCGCGUCGCCCUGGCGGACGUGCUGAGCGUCGGGGGCCUCCUCGCGCCGGAGUCGGAGGACGACCCGGUCGUCGCGUACCUCGCCGCGGGCCGCGGCGUCUUCGCGUACGACGCGCCGGAGGCGCCGGAGGACGCCUUCCGCAUCUCCUUCGCCGCGAGCGACGUCGACGUCUUCGGCGCCGGCGGCCGCGUCUUCAAAGUCCGCGGCACGCGGCGGGGGCUCGUCGCCGCGAUGGCUAGCAUCUACUACGCGCCUUUUCCGGACGCCAACGGCGCCGACACGCUCCGCGUCGGCAUGGCGAAGCGCACCGACGAGACGUCGCUGUCGUCGUCCGUCUUGGACGUCCUGGCCUUCGUGGCGCCCCGGGAGGACGCGCCCGUCGCGGCCGCGGCCGCGGCGCCGGCGGUCGCGCCCGUCGGCGCCGCCGCGGCGGCAGCCCUCGCGCUGAGCGUCGCCGACGCCGACGCGGGCGACGCCCUCGAGGUCGUCGUCUUCGCGUCCGCCGGCGACGUGCGCCUCGGCGGCGGCGCCGCGGUGCUCGCGGGCGCGCGCGUCUUCCCCGAUGACGACGGCGUGCCCGCGUGGGCCGCGGCCUGCGCGGGCGUCGCGGCCGGCGCGGGCGCGUUCGUCCACGUCGAGGGCGCGGCGGACCGCGUCAACGCGGCCCUGGCCUCGGCGGUCUACGCGAGCCCGGAGCACGAGGGCGCGGUCGCGGUCGCGGUCGCCGCGCGCGACGGGUCCGCGUGCGGCUCCGCGGCGACGGCCAUCGACGUCGUCUCGCAGGCCGGCGCCGGCCCGGCGCUGGCCGUGGCGCCCCGGGGGGACGUCGUCGUCGCCGGCGUCCUCUUCGAGGCGACGGAGGACGCCGUCGCGGCCGUGCCGCCGCUCGUUCUGUCGUCGGCGUCGUACUCGGACGCGGCGUACGUCAACGUGAGCCUCGCGCUCGCCUUCGGGUCGUUGACCGUCGACGGCGUCGAGGGUCUCGAGCUCUGGAGCGCCAACGCGUCGCACCUCGGCUUCGCCGGGUCGCGGGCGGCGGCGGACGCGGCGCUCGCGAACCUUCGCUACGCGCCGCCGCCGGACUUCUUCGGCGAGUGGGCGCCGACGGCAUCGACCGUCGACGCGAGCGACGCCGUCGCCGUCGAGGUCGCCCACGCCUGCUACGCCCUCGCCAAGGAGCGCCGCAGACGGGAGACGCUCGUCGCCGCCGUCGCCGAGGUCCGCCGCGGCGCGUCCGGGACCUGGACGUCGCGGUCGUGGCGCGUGUCCGUCGCGCCGGUCAACGACGCGCCGACGCUGGCGCUGGCCGCCGACGCCGUCGCCGUGCCCGCGGCCUUCGCGAACGGCACGGAGCGCUGGACGGCGCUCCUCGCGGGUGUCGUCGCGGGCGACGCGGACUCGGGGAGCCUCGAGGCGACCGUGUCCGUCGCCGCGGGCGCGCUGCGCCUCGUCCGGCCCGCGGGCGUCCGCGUGCUCGACGCGCCCGACGCGUCGACCGUGGCCUUCCGGGGCCCGCCCGCGCGCGUGGCCGACGCGCUCGCCGGCGCCGUCGAGUUCCUCCCCGCGGGGCCCGAUGCGACGGUCGCGACGAUCGCGCUCCGCGACCGCGGCGGCUGCGGCGCGGGCGGCGAGGCCUCCGCCGCCGCGACGCUCGCGGUGGCCGUGGACCCGCCGGCGGUCGCGCUCCAGUGGACGUCGCCGGCCGUCGUCGCCGGCGUCGAGGACGCCUACGUGGACCUGCCCGCCGUCGAGCUCUGGCGCGCGGGCGCGCGCGUCGCGCCCGCCGUCGACGCCGCGGCCGCGGCCUGCGACGACGCGCUCUGCGGCGACCUCGCCGACGGGGUGCUCGUGCGAUCCGAGGCGCUGGCGGCGAGCGGCGCCGGCGACGCGGCGACGCUGGCGGUCCGCGCGGACCACGGCGCCGUCGCGGUGCUCGAGACGCCGGGCGGCCUCGACUUCUUCGAGCCCGCGGAGCGCGUCCGGCUCCAGGUCGACGCCGUCGCGGCGCUCGGCAACGGCGUCUCGGAGACGUGGACCGUGCGGACGAACGUCGACUGGCGCCGGGCCGCCGUACGGCUGCGCUUCGACCUCGUCAUGCGCGACGGCGGAAACGCGUCGACCGCGCUGCGCGCGCUCGCGGCGUCCGCGGCCACCGUCGGGCUGUCCCACCGGAACCGGAGCGCCUUUGCCGAUGUGACUUUAGGACCGGACGUGUCGGCGGCCAAGGCGAACCUCGUCGCGGCGCUCGACGACGUGGAGACGGUGGGCGCGGGCUUCAGCGUCGCCGUCGAGCGAUACGACGCGGAGGCCCUGGACCCGACGGACGACGGCGGCCCGCUCGUCGCGCGCGCCUGGUUCGUCGUCUCCCUGGCGCAGAACGACCCCGCGCCGCUCCUGUCCUUCGCCGUGGCGCAGUGCGGCGGCGGCGCGGCCGACGGCGCCGACGACGACGACGCCGGCGCGUCGACGUGCGCCGCGGAGCGCCACUACGCGGCGCGCGCGACGACGGCGCCCGAGGUGCAGCGAGUAGCCGUGCGCUCCAACGGCACGUCGACGGCGGGCUCCUUCUCGCUGGUCUACCGCGCCCGGGCCCACGACUCUCGAAGGACGUUCGCCGACGGCGCGUUCGAGACGCGGCGCCUGCCGCACAACGCGACCGCGCGCGCGGUCCGCGACGCCCUCGAGGCGCUCCCGGGCGUCGGCCUCGUGGACGUGGCCAAGGUCGCGUCCGACGGCGACGUCGCCCUCGCGGACUACUGCUGGUGCGGCCGCUGCGCGAACGCGACGAACGCGACGCGCGCGACGCCCGCGCCGACCGCGGUCGCCGCGGCCGCGCCGACGGCGCCGCCGACGGCCGACGAGAAUCGGACGUCGACGUCCCCGACGAGCGCGCCGACGGCGACGCCGACGGCCGCGCCGACGCAGGUGCCGACGCCCGCGCCGACGGCGGAGGUCUACGGCUGCGACUUCUUCCCGAAGGAGCACGCCUGGGAGAUCACGUUCUGGACGUCGGGCGACGACGUGCCGCCGCUCGUCGUCCUCUACGGCUCGGGCGCGUCCGACGGGUCGCGCGCGCGCUGCUCCUCCUGCGCGGCGCUGCUGCCCGCGUGGCCCGCGGCGACCGCCGAGGCCGCGGGCGUCGACGACCGCGCGGCCGUGGCGACGGUCCAGGCCGGCACGGCGGCCCUCGGCGGCGAGUUCGCCCUGCGCUGGGGCUCCGCGACGACGAGCUACGUGUCCGCGGCGUCCGCGACGCCGGGCCACGUCUACGGCGCGCUCGUCGGUCUCGACGGCGCGCUCGCCGCGCCGGGCGCGCUCAGGGUCACGCGGUCCGCGCCGACGCGCGAGGGCGCGUCGACCUGGACCGUGACCUUCGACGCGCGCUUCGGAAACGUCGCGCCCCUCGCCGCCGUCGCGGACCGGCUCGCGGGGACGUCCGCGUCCGCGCGCGCGACGCCCGUCGCGCGCGGGUCGCGGCGCGCGGACCUCGGCGCCUUCGGCCUCGUCGUGGCGAGCCCGAGCGACGCCGCGCGCACGGCGCGCACGGAGCCCAUCGACGCGGCGGCGCCGCCCGGCGACGUCGAGCGCGCGCUCGAGGCCGCCGCGCGGUCCGCGGGGUUUCCCGAGCCGGAACGCUUGUUCUCCGUCGCCGCGGCGCCGAUCCUGACGGCGUCGACGCUCGGCGCCUGGGUCGUCACCGUCGCGGGCGGCCACGGGCCCCGGCCGGCGAUCGCGGCCGGCGACGACGGCCUCGUCGACGGUUUGGAGCUCGCCCUGCUCCCGGACGAGGCGACGGAGGCCGCGGCGCGGUCGUACGCGAUCCUGGGCGCCGCGGCGGUGCCCGCGGCCGUCGACGAGGUCCAGACGCUGCGAUGCGCGCGCGAGGUCGGCGACGACGCGGACGACGGGUUUCGCUUUGUUUUUCGGGGCUUGAAGUCGCCGAAGAUCCGCAUGGGCGCCGCGCCCGUGCCGGAGCUCCUGCCGGCGUGCCCCGCGGCGGACGCGUGCCGCGGCGACGGCAGCUCCCUGGCCGAGAUCCUCGAGGCCUGGCUCCGGGGCGCGGGCGUGCUCGGGGCCGGCGGGUCCCUGGCCGUGGCGUCGACGGGGACGACGCUCUGCAGCGACCCCGCGAAAGGCGGCGCGGCCCUCCCGAACGCCGUCGGCGGCUUCGAGGCCCGGGGCUGGGGCCUCGGCGCGCCGACGCUGACGAACAUCACGUUCCUCGGCGGCGGGCCGGGCGGCGUCGGCGGCGACGUCGACGAAUUCCUCGUGGUGAAGCGCGCGGCGAGCAACGGCACGAUCCUCGAGCUCGCGGAGACGACGCGCGGCAGCGCGGCGGCCGUCGGCGAGGUCCAGGUCGUCGAGACGGCGCUCGCGUUGAACUCGACCGACGCGAACGGCACGGCGGCGAACGAGUCGUCCGUGCGCGGCGUCUUCGAGCUCGGAUUCCGCGGCGCGACGACGGCGCCCCUGAGCCACGACGCGUCCGCGGGCGAGCUCGCGGCCGCGCUGAACGCGCUCGACACCGUCGGGGGCGGCGUGACGGCGUCGCGGCGGCCGACGGCCGACGGGCGGGGGUUCGCCUGGCGCGUGACGUUCGCCGCGGCGGCGCCGACGCUCGGCGACCUGCCGCUCCUCGACCUCGCGAGCGCGACGUGCGGCGACGACGGGACUUUGGAGUGCUUCCUCCGCGCGGGCCCGCAGAUCGCGCCCGACGGCACGCACGACUACGGCGCCCUCGGGAGUUCGAGGGUGUCCGUGGCGGAGGCGUCGCCGGGCACCGCGCCCGCGUGGGGCACCUUCGCCGUCCGCGUGACGCCGGCGCAGCCGCGCGACCCGCGCGCGGGCGCGCCGACGGCGCCGCUCCAGCUCGACGCGUCCGCGGCGACGGUGGAGGCGGCGCUGCGGCGCCUCGACGGGGCCGGGCGCGCCGAGGUGGCGCUCGUCGACAACCCCGCGGCGCCGUUCGGGCCGCUCUGGACCGUGUCGGGCCUCGACGGCGGCGCGACGCUCGCGCUCGAGGACGUGGCCCUCGUCGGCGCCGUCGACUUUUGCGAGAAUUGUACGAGUUGGGCCGGCUGCGCGCCCUGCGGCGACGCGGCGGCGCCGGCCGCGCCGAGCCUCCGGACCGCGCGGCUCGCGCGCGACGGCGCGGCGCGCGGCGCGCCGCACGCGGUCGCCGCGGCGCUGGACCGGGCGCUCUUCCUCCCGGACGCGGACUACAACGUGCUCGUGGACGGCUUCGCGGACGUCGCCUUCGCCGUCGCCGCCGGCGGCGGCGCGGACGCGCUCGAGGCGAAAGUACGCGUCGCGGCGGUCAACGACGCGCCCGUCGUCGCCGCGGCGUCGGCGACGCUCGUCGCCACGGAGGACGCGCCCCUGCGGCUGGGCGCGGCGCGCCUGUCCGUCGGCGACGCCGACGCGCGCGCGGCGGAGGGCGGCGACGCGCGGCUCACGACGACGCUCGAGGUAGACAAGGGCACGCUGACGCUCGCGCGGUCGCGGCGGCUCCAGGUGUUGGAGGGCUACGCCGGCGGCGGCGAGGCCCGGGGGUCGCGCAUCGUCGUCGCGGGGCCGAGCGGGCCGACGACGGCGGCGCUGGAGACGCUCGUCUACGAGCCGCCGCGCGACUACGGCUCGGAACAAAUCACCGCGGAGGUCCAGCGCGUCGUCGUCGGCGGCGUGCCCGGCAACGUCGUCCAGACCGUGAGUGCGCGCGCGACGGGCGGCGCCGUCGUCGCGGGCAACUUCACGCUGUCGCUGAGCUGCGCGUACCUCCGGUCCGGCGUCGUCGAAGUCGUCGCGCGCUUCGGCAACGCGAGCCUCUUCGACGACCCCGCGGCGCUGGCGCGGACCUACGACCGGUUGCGGGGCGCGCUGGCCAACGCCACGCAGGAGUUCACGCUCGCCCACGACGCGCCCGCGCGGCGGCCGCGGAACGCGAGCUUCGAGGGGCUGCUGCAAGACGCGCUCGACGGCUGCGCGGCGACGGGCCUCGACGCGGCCCGGGACCUGGGGCUCGGCGUGCCGGCGCGCAUCAACGAGUCGGCGCACACGCACUACCUCGCCGGCGCGUCGGUCUGGCGGUCCGAAUUGGACGAUCGCGACGACUCGUACGCGUGGGAGGCGACGAUCCUCGGCGCGCCGCGCGACUUUCCCGCGUUGAAGGUCGUCGCGAACAACGCCACGGGGCGGCCCGCGGGGCUCCGGGCCGUCCCGCGCGUCGACGGCAAUCUGACCUUUGCGAUCUCCGACGACGCGGCGCCCGUCGUCGACGUUUCCGUCGCGCGGCCGUCCGCGCUCGGCGACGCGUUCCGCCUGAGCUUCGACGGGGCGACCACGCCGGAUCUGCCCAUCGACGCGUCGAGCGCGCGCGUCGAGGAGGCCCUCGAGCGGCUGGCGACGGUGGGCGACGUGCUGGUGCACCGCGACUACGCGCGGUCGGCCGUCGCCUCGGACGUCUUCGCGUGGACCGUCGAGUUCCUCGCGAGCGGCAGCCCGGCCCACGUCGGGCCCGAGGUGUUGCUGGAGGCGGCCGGGUCCGCGGGCGUCGGCGUCGCCGUUGAGCGCGUCGCGGCCGGCGCGGCGACGGGCGACCGGCUCGCGGUGUCGGCCGUCGACGCGGGCGGCCUCUCGGACGCGGUCGCCGUCGACAUCCUCGUGCGCCCCGUCCACGACGCGCCCGCGGUGCGCUUCGCCGCGGCCCACGCGUCCGUGGCGGAUGCGGCCGAGGACGGCUACGUGGAUGAUUUUUUCGCGGGCGUCGCGUUCGCCGCGGACGACGCCGCGGCCGUCGCGACCGCGCGCGUGACCUGCGCGGCGAGCGCCUGCCGCGUCACGGCGCCGCCCGUCGCCGGCGUGCGGGUCCUGCAAGGCGACGGCGCGGCCCUGGCCCUCGAGGGCGCGCCCGCGGACCUGGAGGUCGCGCUCCGCGGCGCGGCGCUCGAGCCCGGCGCGGACUUUUACGGCGUCGACGUCGUCGCCGUCGAACUCACGGACGCGCGGGGCGCCGCCGCCCGGGCGUCGCGGUCCGUCGCCGUCGCCGGCGUCGACGACGCGCCCGUCGUGUCCGCGACGCUCGCGGCCGCGUCCGUCGCCGCGGGCGAGACCGCGCUCCUCGGCGGCUUCGCCGUCGCCGACGUCGACGACGCCGUGGUCCGGCUGACGCUGUCGAGCGCCAACGGCACGCUGGCCAUGGACCGCGUCGCGCGCCGGUCCCUCGCGACGUGGCACGCGGGCGACGGCGACGGCGGCGGGCGCGUCUUGGACGCGACGGCGCACGCGCGGGCCUGGAACGCGGCGCUCCACUACGUCGCGUACACGCCGCACCGCGCCGCGACGGCGGACGUCGUGACGGCGACGGCGACGGACGCCGCGGGGCUGUCGAGCAGCGUCGAGCUCGCCGUGACCGUCACGGGCGCGACGUGCGCGACGGGCCUCGCCUUCGCCGCGUCCGGCGCCGUCGCCGCGGCGACGGCCGACACGGCCGCGGCCGCGGCCCUCGACGCGACGACCCUCGUCGAGGGCGCGGACCUGCGCCUCGAGGGCCUCGCGGUCGUCGCGGACUGCGGCGGCGCGACGGCGCUCCGGCUGCUGCUCCUGCCGGCGACGGCGGACGACGACGACGACGACCCGGCGCGCCGGGGCCGCGUCCAUUUUCUGGAUGCGGCGUCGGACGUCGUCGAGGUCAUGGAGCUGCCCAACGGCGGGUUGUCUCUCGCCGCGCCGGGCCCGACGGCGCGCCUCGGCGCCGUCCAGAUCAACGCCGUCCUGCCGCGCGUCGCCUUCGCGCCGCCGGCGGACUUCGACGGGCUCGCGCGCCUGUCCUGCGUGCUCGAGGCGUCGGGCGGCGACCGGAGCGGCGUGGCGACGCGCGACUUCUGGGUCGCCGUCGCCUCGGAGAACGGCGCGCCGGAAUUGGCGCUGUCCGGCGCGCGCGUCGAGGCCGCGGCCGCGGGCGACGCCGCGCUCGUCGUCCACGCGGCGGCGCGGGACGUCGCGGUCGUCGACGCGGCGCGGACCGACGCCUUCGCGCUCGGGGGCCUCGCGGUCGACGCGGACGCGCUGCUCCCGGCGCACGGCGGCGCCGUCGCCGUCGCCGACGACGCGGACGCGCUCCUCCGCGUCGACGUCGCCGUCGCCUGGGUCGACGAGCCCGCGGGCGGCGCGUCCCUGGCGCUGAGCCUCGAGGCCGGCUGCGGGAACCAGGCCUGCGGCGCGCUCCACUUCUCCUCGGGCGACGACCGGUCCGCGGCGGCGGCGCUCUCUUUCCGCGCGACGGCCGCGCACGCGACGCUCGCGCUCAACGCGCUGCGCGUCGUCGCCCUCGGCGACGUCGACGGCUGCUGGCGGUCGCGCGACGGCGACGCGCGCGACGGCGGCCGCGGCGCGGAGCUCGCGGUCGCCGUCUCCGACGGCGGCGGCCUCGCGGCGACCGCGGCGCUCGCGCUCGACGUGCGGCCGCCGCCGGCGGCGCCCCUGCGCCUCACGGGCGCGGGCCAGGUCGUGCGCACGGGCGAGGACGCCGUCGCGCGGCUCGCGGGGCUCGGCGUCGCGGGCGGCGCGAACGUCGCCGCGGGCUACGGCGCGUGCGCGCGCGACGAGCCCCUCGAGGUCCGCCUCGCCGCGGCCCACGGCGUCGUCGGCGCGACCUUCGACCCGGACCACUACGGCGUCGCCGUCGCGCGCGCCAAGGACGGGUCCCUGGCGAUUUCCGGGAAUCGCGCCGCGGUGGAGGCCGCGCUGUCUGGAAACGCGCUCGGACGCGUGCUGCAGGAUCUGUAA